AUGGCAUUAAGAGCUGAAUAUGAAAAUAGUACUGAUAUUGGAGUAUUUACUAAACUCACAAAUAAAUAUUGUAUUACUGCUCCAGGAGGUUCAUCAAGUUACAAAAUUAUUGAACAAGAAGUCUCACCAAAAAUUCCUUGUGUAGAAGCAACCAUAGGUGGAUUGAGAAUUAUUGGAAGAUUAGCUGUUGGUAAUAGAAAAGGAUUGUUAUUGCCAAAUACAUGUAAUGACCAAGAAUUAUUACAUCUUAGAAAUUCAUUACCAGAUGAUGUUGUUGUUCAACGAGUUGAAGAAAGAAUGUCUGCAUUAGGAAAUUGUAUUGCAUGCAACGAUUAUGUUGCUCUUGUUCACCCAGAAAUUGAUCGAGAAACAGAAGAAAUUAUUGCUGAUGUUCUUGGAGUUGAAGUAUUUAGACAUACUGUUGGAGGAAAUCCUCUUGUUGGCACUUAUUCUGUUAUCACUAAUAAAGGUGCAAUGCUUGCACCAAAUACUACUCAACAAGAACAAGAAGAAAUUGGUACAAUUCUUCAAGUACCUUUAGUUGCUGGAACAGUUAAUCGUGGAAGUGAUUUACUUGGUUCUGGUAUGAUUGUUAAUGAUUGGUGUGGCUUUGUUGGUAUGGAUACCACAGCUACUGAGUUGUCAAUUGUUGAAGGUAUUUACAAAUUACGUAAUGAAACAGAUGUCCAAUUUGCUUCAGUAAUGGAAUUAAUGAAAUAG